AUGCCCAUAACCGAACUCGCCCUCCUCCACACAAAAUCCCACAACCCCCCAUCCAGCACCACAAUAACGCACCUCCAACAAGCCCAGUCCGCCCAAACCGCCUUCUCAACUUACCAAGUCCACCUCUUUACCCAACUCGAAGACCCCUCUUACAUCUACCUCCUCGGCGGCUGGGACUCUGCAAAACAGCAUUACGAGGAAUGGAUCCCGUCGACUACGAAUCAGGGACUGCUGGCGCUGCUCCGGGAUGAGGUGGAUGUUGUUUGGAUGUUUCAUUUUGAGAGACUGUGGGAGGGGGAGAUUCCGCUUUCUGCGCCUGUUGUUGGGGUUGGGAGAUAUUUUGUGAAUGGGGGUGUAAAGAGGGAGGGGGAGUUUGAGAGGGUUUUUGGUGGGUCGAAGCACUAUCUCGAGGAGUAUACAAGGCCGUUUCCAGUGUUGGGGGGUUGGAGGGUUGAAGAUGAUAAUGAUGAUGGGAAGGAGUUUGUGCUUUUGAGUGGGUGGGAGGAAGUUGAGCAGAAUUUCAGAUUUGCGGAUUCGGAUGGGUUCAAGAAGAUUCGGGAUUAUUUGACUGGGGCGGAGAUUAAGCAUAUGGUUCUGUUGAAAUAG